UCUGAGCAGACAACCAGGGUGGCAGAAGUUUAGUUGUAGACUCACCAUGAGGAUGAAAGUCUACAUUUUUCUCAUGAUGAACUUGGCUGUUUCAUCAGCAGCCUCCAUUGGCCCAACUGAACCAGAUGUUGUGGACAUUGGUCAAGAGAAGAGCAUUAUAGAAGUAAACAUGGGUGCAGAUUUACAAGAUGACAUUAUUGAGCACCCAAACACGCAAAGGAGUACCAUUAUUAAUCAGACCCGACUGUGGACAUCACCGGUCCCAUAUGCCUUGGACAAAAACCUCGAGUUGAAUGCAAAAGGAGUCAUCUUGAAAGCAUUUGAACAGUUCAGGGUGAAGACAUGCAUUGACUUCAAACUGAGAGACUCUGAGGACUACUACGUCUCUGUCCAAAAGUUAGAUGGAUGUUUUUCAUAUAUCGGGAGAGUACAGACAAAUGGGCAGCAGCUCUCCAUUGGGAGAGGCUGUGAUACCAUUUCCAUCGUUGAACAUGAGUUUUUACAUGCGCUUGGCUUCUACCAUGAACAGUCCAGAUAUGACCGAGACGAUUAUGUCACAAUUGUAUUCAGCAACAUCUUGCAAGGCUAUGAGAACAAUUUCCAAAAGGCUAGCAGUGAAGUGUCCACCACCCACGGAGUCCCGUAUGACUACUGGUCUGUGAUGCACUACGGCAAAAAUGAUUUCACUAAUGGCAAUGGCCUUACAAUAAUCACCAAAGACCCCAAAUUCCAAGAUGUGAUUGGUCAGCGUAUGGAAAUGAGUAACAGUGAUGUCACGGAGCUGAACCUCCUCUACCAAUGUAACUCAAGUAUUGCCUUUAUGAUGUACUGUGGCUUUUCCAAUGGAGAUAUGUGCCAAAUGAGUCGCUGUUCACAAAGUGGCAAUGGCUGGCAAGCAGUAAAGCAGGCUCUCGGGGGUCCAAGCUCCGACCACACUGGCUUACCUAGUGGAAAAAAUCCUGUAGGUCAAGAAGGUGGUUACUUCAUGCAUGCUAGCACAGCAUCAGGACAAGUAGGGGAUUCAGUUCGGCUGGAGACCAACAUGAUGAGUCCUAAAAGAGGAUGCAAUGUCCAGUGCCUCCAGUUCUACUAUUACAACAGUGGGAAUGAGUCAGAUCAACUUAACAUUUGGAUCAGAGAGUUUCAGGAUGAACAGGACUCCACAGGAACCCUCCGCCUCGUGGGACACAUCACAGGUUCACCAACAUCUCACUGGAAGCUCCAACAUGUUUCUCUGAAUGCCACAAAGCGCUUCCAGGUGGUGUUUGAGGUUCGGAAAGGAUCAGGAACAUCUAGCAGGGGCUUCUCAAUUGAUGACACCAAUCUCUCUGAGACUGAGUGUCCACAUUUAGCAUUUCAAGUGGAUGACUUUGAGAAUCUUUUAAACACUAGUGCUAGUGGAACCACACUAUACAGCCCACGGCAGUACUCCAAAGAGGGAUAUGCUUAUCGGAUAGCUGUUAAACUCUACAAGACAUAUUUUGGGAUGUUUGUGCAACUGCUGUCUGGUGACAAUGAUAACCAGCUGGAAUGGCCUUGUCUGCGACGACAAAUGAAUUUCCAAAUGUUGGAUCAGAACCCCAACAUCCAGCUUCAGAUGUCAAAUCCAAAAACUUUCACCACUAAUGAAAACCAAUUAGACUCCACAGGUAACUCUUACUGGGGUAAUCCUCGUGAGAUUGGAAGUCCAGUAUUUGUGGAUGAAAGCAAUAAUCAAGUCUAUGGUGGAGUAAUAUAUGGCUUUGGAUCAUUCAUGGAUCAGGAAAAAAUGCAAUACAGAGACUUCCUGAAGGGAGGGAGUGCCAUUUUCCUCUUUGACUUUCAAGAUCUCACUACACUUGUGAAUGGAAGUACUCUGGCAUGUCCUAAAACAACAGUGAACAUUUCACAACCUCCAAUGUCCAUGCAGGAUGCUAGCCCAUGCUCAUCAAGGAUGACUACCACCAUGCCACCUCCUACUACUACACAUGACAGGAUUACUACCACCAUGCCAUCUCCUACAGCUACAGAUCACAGAAUUACUACCACCAUGCCACCUCCUACAGCUACAGAUCACAGGAUUACUACCACCAUGCCAUCUCCUACAACUACAGAUCACAGGAUUACUACCACCAUGCCAUCUCCUACAGCUACAGAUCACAGCGUUUUCGACUUCUCCCCAGCAAUGGUGGCCUCCCCUUUUUUCAUCGUCCUGCUUGCCUUGGUGCUCUUGGUACCUUGAUCUGCUAUUUCGUAAACAGGAUGUGAAGUUUUUCCUGACUCCUUUUAUGCAUUCAUGGCUGUAUUUAACCUCAAUAUGAUUAGUAUAGAAGGUUAAAGUGGGAAGAGAAUUCUGAUCAGAAUAUUUAGGUGUGAGAUAUUCAGAUGAAUAGUUAUCAGCCUGUAACACUUAGAGACAUAUAAUGUUUUGCAAUUGGUGGUGGGACCAUGUAUUUGUUAGAAAAGCAUCUUUUGAUUAUUUUAGACAAUUAUUAAUUACAGUAAUUUUGAUGAUCAUGGAUUUUGAUGUCCUUGCAUCUUUGAAUUAUAUGUAAAGCUCCUAAUUCUGAGUCUCAGGAUGUGUUAAUGUUAAAUGUUUUUCUUUUUUCUUUUUUCUUUUGCACUGACAUAUUUAACCAUGUGUUAGUGUAUUUUACCAUGGUUCUUGGAGCUUGAUUGCAUGCAGCAAAUUAAAAAUAAAUCAAACAAUAAAAGUUCUCAUGCUCUACAUGCUCUCACACACCUGGGAGUGUUAAUCAGUGUAACAUGUACACAAAUAAAACAUCUUUGCAAAGCAUUUC